AUGCCAAAACAAGCUCAAGCACAAAUAUGCCAGCGUCGGUUCUUUUCAAGCUCUGAAUGCCUUAGCGUUAUGCUACAUAAGUUAACAGAGAGACCUAUUGAGUAUUGGGAAAUAGCUUUCGUAAACAAAAGGGCCUGGUUGGGCAAAGGCAAAAGGCAAUUGGCAUCAGAUGGAUACGCAUCACGU